AUGGCGAGCUACUCGUGCCGGCGGCCCUGCAACGCCUGCAGCACGAGGGCGAUGGCGGGGGGCGUCGUCGGCGAGCCGGUGGCGCCGGGGCAGAGGGUGACGGUCCUGACCAUCGACGGGGGCGGCAUCCGGGGCCUCGUCCCUGGCACCAUCCUCGCCUUCCUCGAGGCCAGGCUGCAGGAGCUUGACGGGCCGGAGGCAAGGCUGGCGGACUACUUCGACUGCAUCGCCGGGACGAGCACCGGCGGCCUCAUCACCGCCAUGCUCACCGCGCCCGGAGAGGACAAGCGCCCGCUCUUCGCUGCCAGAGACAUCAACCGCUUCUACCUCGACCACGGCCCGCGCAUCUUCCCUCAAAAGAGGAGCAGGCUCGCGGCGGCGAUUUCCGCGCUGAGACGGCCACGGUACAACGGCAAGUACCUGCAUGGCAGGAUCAGGAGCAUGCUCGGCGAGACGAGGGUGUGCGACACGCUCACCAACGUCGUCAUCCCCACCUUUGACGUCAGGUUGCUCCAGCCCAUCAUCUUCACCACUUACGACGCCAAGAGCAUGCCCCUGAAGAACGCGCUCCUCUCCGACGUGUGCAUCAGCACAUCUGCCGCGCCAACCUACCUCCCAGCGCACUACUUCAAGACCAAAGACGUCAGCGGCAAGGAGCGCGAGUACAACCUCAUCGACGGCGGUGUCGCCGCCAACAACCCGACGAUGGUUGCGAUGACGCAGAUCACCAAGAAGAUGGUGGCCAAGGACAAGGAGGAGCUGUACCCGGUGAAGCCGGCGGACUGCGGCCGGUUCCUGGUGCUGUCCAUCGGAACGGGCUCGACCUCCGACCAGGGUCUCUACACUGCGCGGCAGUGCUCCCGGUGGGGCGUCAUCAGGUGGCUCCGCAACAAUGGCAUGGCCCCCAUCAUCGACAUCUUCAUGGCGGCCAGCUCCGACCUCGUGGACAUCCACGCCGCCGUGCUGUUCCAGUCGCUCCACAGCGAUGGCGACUACAUCCGCAUCCAGGACAACUCGCUCCGUGGCGCCAUGGCCACAGUGGACGCGGCGACGCCGGAGAACAUGAGGAGCCUCGUUGAGAUCGGGGAGCGGAUGCUGGCGCAGCGGGUGUCCAGGGUGAACGUGGAGACGGGGAGGUACGAGCCUGUACCCGGGGAAGGGAACAACGCCGACGCGCUCGCCGGGAUCGCCAGGCAGCUCUCGGAGGAGAGGAGGAUGCGGCUCGCGCGCCGAGACGCCGCCUGUGCCGUCGGCUCCAGAUGCAGCUUCUCGUUCAAGGAUUAG